AGACAUUCCUGACUUCUAGACAACUCGGAUGUUUGAAUAUAAAGGGCUGUCGUGUUGAAGUCCCAAGCCAAAUCUGAAGAAGAAUUAUUAAAUCAGCAAUCACAGAAUUCUCUAUUACAUUACAUCUCACAUAUCAAAUUUGGAUAUAUAAACGCCACUAGCUGCCAUCAUGUCUCUGCCCUAUCACAAAGUCUUACUAGUCGGAGCGACCUCAGGAAUCGGUGCAGCUCUGGCGGACAAACUUGUCCAGAAUGGCACUUUCGUUAUCGCUGCCGGCAGAAGAAAGGAGAACCUCGACCAGUUCGUCGCCAAGCACGGCAACACCAAGGCAGCAGCAGCGGUUGUGGAUAUUCUCAAGUUGGAGUCGAUACCGGAAUUCGCUGCAUCCAUCAUAAAGGAACACCCUGACCUCGAUUGCGUCUUCUUAAACGCCGGAGUCCAGCGAGGUAUCGACUUUACCAAGCCUGAAGAUGUCAGCUUAGACAUCAUUCACGAUGAGCUUCUCGCAAACUACCUCUCCCACGUCCACUUGACCAAGGCCUUCCUUCCUCAUCUCUCGAAACAAGACAAACAGACCGUUUUGCUGUACACAACUUCCCAGCUCGGCCUCAUCCCGAUGAAGAGGUGCCCCAACUACAGCGGCUCCAAGGCUGCCAUGCAUGGCUUCAUCCUCGCACUCAGAUCCCAGCUCAAGGACGCGUCUUCAAAGGUUAAGAUUGUAGAAGUUUACCCGCCUGCGGUGCAAACGGAGCUGCAUGAUGCCAAGAAUCAGCCCGACUUGAAGAACGGCCAUGCUAUUGGCAUGCCGGUGGACGAAUUUGCCAAUGAGGUCUACCAGAGAUGGGUCAAUGGAGAGGAUCAGAUCCCGGUUGGAACCGCUAAGCCCAUGUUUGAUGCAUUUGAGACCAAGAGACAGGACUACUAUGAGAGCUUUAAUGCCGAGAUGGACAGGGUACUGGUGGACUUUACCGUUUGAGUGUUACUAUUGAGUCGAAAAGUCUUUGGAAAAGUACAAUGAAUGAAUCAAACGUCAAUUUGAUGAUCACAAGUACUAUGCGAUUCUUUGUGAA